AUGGUAUCCGCAACCGCUGGAGGUGGCGGUGACGACGUGAGGCACCGGCGGGAGGCACCGGGGUCGGAGGAGAAGGGAGGAGGCGGCCCUGAAGACUGUCGUCGCUGGCGGAUCUCUCCGGCGACGACGGCGAAGGACCAAGAGGAAGCCCUUUCUUCUUCUCACGUGGCGGCGGCGGAAUCCAAAAGCACGAAGCCCCCCCUUCUGCUGGUGAACAUAUACGCAGUUGAUCAUUAUGAAGAGCUAUAUGUUUCAGAGAAUCAGGUCAUGGAGGCAAAGGAAACAAAUUUAUUGCCUGAUACUUCUCCAAACAGUGCUCCACAACCUUUUAUUCCUUUACUUGCUCCUUCACCUAUGGCAGCACCAUUUUUCCACAAUAGCACUCCAAAAUUAUCAGGGCAAUGUUCAUUGAACUUUUCUGCAGUUGACAAUUUGUUAAGAACAACUGCUGUUGAUUGUUGGGCCUCCUUCGCUCCUUUCUUAGCCAAUGUUAUUUGUUGUCCGCAGUUCGAGGCUACCCUUGUUAUUCUAAUUGGACAAGCAAGUAAAGAUUCAGGUUUACUUGCGUUGGACUCUGUUCAUGCAAAUUAUUGCCUAUCAGAUAUUCAACAGAUUCUUGGAAGUCAGGGUGUCCCUAGUGACCUUCAUGAUAUUUGUUCCAUCCACUCUUCUAACCUCUCUGAAGGAUCCUGCCCAAUUAGUGAUACCAUUGGGUUUGAGAGUGUUGUUGACUCUUCUAAACUCCUUGUUGCAUGUUCAAAGGUUGAUGCUGUGAAUGAAUGCUGCAGACAAAUUUGUCAAAGUGCCAUCAAUGAAGCUGCAAAAAACCUUGUCUUGAAGGAUGGCGGAUUGAUGACGAAUAUGGAAAUUAAUGAUACAACAGUGGAGUAUUCAUCUACUGUGAACAGCUGUAAAAACAUUGUCCUUAGGUGGCUAUCUAGUAGACUUGAUUCUUCAUCUGCAAAGCAAGUGUUGAGAGGACUAUCAAACUGUAAUGUUAAUGGAGGUAACUUUACAAUUUCUUCUUCCAGACUCUUUGCCAUCUAG